GGAAUUCUGGCCACUCUCAGCGACUCGGCUCGACGACUUACAGCUCAGAGGGUGGGCAUAUGUACUGACCAACUUACCAACUACGCCGCUGGAUGACCUUUACCCGGCAGAUACCCAAAACAUUCAACUAAUUCAGCGUGUAUCUUUCAUCUCUAUCUACGCCGUUCUCUCUUGGUUUCAUAGCUUUGCCUGCGAACAUACAAACAGCUGCUAAAUUUUAGCUUGAUAUGUUGUAAGGAAUUAUCCAGCAUCGCAUUCUAUCUCAAUGGGGAUACCAGUCAGAUUAGAACUUCACCGUCCAUCCGCCAUUCCUAAUAUACCUCCUGGCCUGGUCAGCCCAAGCUCAUCGACUCUCACACCUAAGAUUCUUGAAGAACCAGCUUGGACUCCUUCUGCGCCUAUUUCUCCUCCCAUGUCUAACUAUGAUCCGAGCACCCGACCAGAGAUGCCGGCUACCAGAGAUUUUGAAGACAGCCAGAUGCGAAGAGAUAUUAAUGGUGCACCUCGACAGCAACUCCCGCCUUUAAGUAGCUUGUUUGGUCCUCCUCACCACCAUGUCCGCCCAACACUUUCUCCUCUCCCGGAUCGACCAAGCUCGCUCCACAGUGCACACUCUCCCUUGGAUAGGCCACAUUCAAGAAGCUCCUCUUAUUUUCCAAACGUAUCUCCUUCCUUGAGCCAGCCUCGCAGCGUCUAUGAGCCGAGGCCGGAAGCGGAGCGGCCAACACUCCCCUCGGUUGCUUCUCAGUUUCCUGGACCGCUAAGGUCUCCCACGCACGAGUAUGAACAUUUGCAUCGUGCAACGCAAGCCGAACCUGUUCCGUCCGGAAGGUGGGCGGACUCGAGGCGGGAGUAUGUGUUCGAGUCCCGGCCGCCAAGUCCCCCUUAUAGGUCGGUAAGCGAGCGUAUGCCACUCCCUCCCCUGAACCAGCGAUUUGGCUAUGAAUCAAAUCCAGUAUUCAAGAGGGAAAGUCAAAUGCGUCUAGACCCGUCAAGUCACUCACCGACUCUAGCGAGCGUAGUUGCACCAGAAGGUGCGCCGGUAAAAGACGGGCUAGGACCUAAGAUAUGGACUGGAACACACUUUUUACCUCGAUUUGUGAAGCAGGCUGAGGUCCCAGGAGAGGGACUGUGCUAUUUCUAUGAUGAUGGGACUCAUUGCAAGACGGUCAUUGACGGAGAGCCGGUUAACGCCCACUGGGGAGUUACGAAGGCUGGGAAGCCGAGGAAACGACUUGCGAUAGCUUGUCUCACGUGCCGGGAGAAGAAGAUCAAGUGCGACCCUGAUUAUCCUCGAUGUGUUCAGUGUGAAAAAUUCGGCAGGGUCUGCAAGUUUAAGAACGCUCCUCGUGGUGGUCACAAUACGUCUCCGGUGGCUUCAUCGGCUGAACACGAACUACCUAGGUCGCUUGGGUCGCACCCAGGCGCAAUAGAUUUUGGAAGACCUAGGAGCGCCUCAAGUACGUCAGUCUCACCGCGUACCACGAAAAUGAGCCAUCCGUCUCCCGAACUACUCCCUGGCUUAUCCUCUAAGAGGAUGAGGUUUUCGUAUGACGACUAUCCGCGACAACCACCGCCCCCAACAAGUCGUCCUCCCCCAAUGAUUUCUAUCCCCGAGAUCAAACGGGCGCCUAGUGGCAGUAUGCCAUCCUGGCAGCGCCACGAUUUACCUCGCGAUAUCCUUUGUCGACCAUGGCAAACAGACUCGAGACCCCAUACACGUGUAUAGAGUUUUUGAAUGAUUUCGAGCCGAACAAUUUCACCGACGAAAUAUCUGCACAGCUACGAACUUGUUCUGGCUAAUCUAAGGAUACGUCCAUUCUGUUUGGCAAACAUGAAAAGGAAAUAGU